AUGAGAUGUAUAAUCUAAACCGAAAGCAUGUGGCGAUGGAUUAUUCGAUCCUCCUGAACCCUCCAGUUGUAGUGGAGCAUGCAAUCUCAGUUGUACCUGUUCCUGUGAAACCGUGGCCCCAGAGAUUCCCGAUACUUCAGGAUCGUGAAUACCAACAUCAGCUAUUUGUUGAGCCAGAUUGUUCACCACGGUAUCACGGACGAUAUUCCGUUGUGGCUGAUUGCUUAAAAGCUCACGAACGUACUGCAUUUCGAGUCACACCUUCCGACUGCAUCGAUGUCGGUGGCCUGUUUUCGGAUCUCAUGGCGGACAGUCCAUACGAAAUGUGCCUGCCUUCCUCCAAGAGCGGAUUUGGCAUUGGUCCAUUCAUAGACCGACCUUGAUUUGAAGAAGACGAAUAGCCAGGUACACUUAUUUGGGAAACCCCUGGCUGCUCUGCUGUUGUAGCUAAAGCCCCCAUGGUCCGAGGAAUAGCUGCCUCCGUCGCCAAAUCUGGCUGAACUGUGGAAUUCAGCAAGGGUACUCCAUCCUCCCUUGGCAACAUGGAGAAUCCGUUUAAAGCGGCAUUCCGAGGCAGGUUCAGACUAUCAUCCCGACUGUAUCCAUCUUGUCCAUCGUGGUAGUCGUCCCAGAAUGGAUUCGUCACGCCGAGCGAGGUGACGGUCUCCCUUGGUUCCAAGGGUAUUAACGCUUCUCCUGGUCCCGUUGUCAGCUGGGAGAUCGCAGGUUGAUUCUCAGUAACUCGUUCCAACCGUGUGCUGGAUUGAAUUGUACGGAAAGGUAGCUGAAAUCCUUCGGCCGAAAGUUGAAUUCUCGCUGCCUGAUUCAGCUCCGCUUGAAGAUUGUUUCGUGCUGGGAAGCGACUGUCCAACGAAAACCUAGUGUCCGAAUUCGGCCAACUGGUGGAGGGAUUCGUCGUCAGCUGAUCCGCCCAGACGAGACGCUGCGCCCGAGCAGGGUUGACGUCUUCCAUUUCGCGUUGAAGACUGUAAUCUUCUCCAGGCCCAGGAGGUGUAACCAGAGUCCUCUGAGAGUCCGAGGUACGAUUCAUAUUCAUGAAAUUAUUCACUCUGUAGUCUCUAUCAGACAUUUCACCCAAUUCACAAUCAGUUCACUUCAAAUAAAAUUAAGAGAUAUAAUAUGACACCACUGGUAAAGCAGUAUAAUAAGAAAAUGAAAGAGUAUCCUAUUUUAGUUACAAAUAAUCAAAACCAAAUUCAAAUUACCGUAUUGUUUUACCGAAUUAUUCACACUUUUAUACAGUUAACCUAAAUUACUACCGACUAAAUUCAAUUAUACCAAUUACUUAAUCUUACGUUCAAUUCCAGUAAGGCUUACCAAUUAGUUGAAGAAUUGUACAAAAAAAACUUUUUCAACAGUAGUAAGUUGAAUUCCACAAAAAAGGCCUAAGAACCGUUAAACGGCCCCACGUUGGGCGCCAAAAUGUAACGCUCCGUUCGGUUUCUAUAAGCAAGCGGCUUAAGCGCCACCUUCUGUUUCCGAAGGACCGCUAGCUCGUUUAAUUUCGCCCGGAUGAGACUGCCUAUUCAGGGCAGGUCUUAUUUCAACCAGAACCGAAGUUCACACUCCGACACACAAAAUAGAUCGUAGGCAAUUAACCAAGUUCAAAUUCUUCGACUUCAAUGUCGGACUUAAUCUAAGAAAAAUAUAUACAACCCUCGAUGUUCUACCAAUCAGGGAAAAGCUUAGCUUAAAGUAGGAAUAAACCAGUCAGUAAAUAAUUCAAUUUAUUACGUGACGUUUGAUUGUGUAGUGUAAUUCUAAAUUGGAAGUAAUUAAAGCAAUUUACAAUUCCACGAUCGCGAAUUUCAAUCGAUCGAAUUCAUCGAAUCCUAUUUAUUAUUGCAGCUAGUUUAUUUGA